CGAACGAAUUAUGACUCUACACCUACCCAUUUCUUAUUAAAUGCCUUCGGUUGCUCACUCUCUGUCAACAAUUGCUACCACACAAGUCACAGCACAGACCCUUCAACAAUGGCAGACCAAUCUUCUCCUGCAACUUCCAUGGCCUCCAUAGAUCCCUAUAAACUUCUUAAAAUCGUCCCUAACCCGGAUGGCUCACUCACCAGACUCCUCCCAACCCCCAAUGCACCUCCAACUCCUGAAAUCAUUGAUUCAAACCCCCAACCCGCCCUCUCCAAAGACAUUCCUCUGAACCCAACCAACAAAACUUCUCUUCGCUUAUUCAAGCCUCAAAACAUUCCUCAAAAAACCAAGCUCCCUCUCGUAAUAUACUUCCACGGUGGGGGCUUCAUUCUCUACAGUAAUGCCACUGUAUUUUUUCACGACUCCUGCAACCGCAUGACGGCUGUUUUCCCUGCUUUUAUCCUGUCAGUCGAUUACCGUCUUGCCCCUGAACACCGCCUUCCAGCGGCCUACGACGACGCUAUUGAAGCCAUCAUGUGGGUCCGCAAACAGGCGCUUGAUAUCAACGGCUGUGACCCCUGGUUGAGAGAUUGCGUUGAUUUUACACAGUGCUUUAUCAUGGGUUCCAGUUCUGGCGGCAACAUUGCUUACAAUGCAUGUUUGCGCGCUAUCGAUAUCGAUCUUUCGCCUCUUCAAAUCAAAGGGCUGAUACUUGUUCAACCAUUCUUUGAUGGCGAAAAGAGAAGUGAAUCACAGAAAAGACUCGUCAACGAUCGGAUUUUGCCACUGACGGCUAACGAUCUUAUGUGGGCUCUAUCGUUGCCCAAGGGUGCUGAUCGUGAUCAUGAAUACUGCAAUCCGAUAAUCGGCGCAUCCGAUCAGAAAAUUCAACGGUUACCAAUGACUCUGGUGAGUGGACAUGAAGGGGAUCCGUUGGUUGACAGACAAAGGGAGUUUGUGAAAAUGUUAGAGACACGUGGAGUGGAAGUGGUAACAACUUUUGGCGACGGAUUUCAUGGCUGCGAGCUGUUUGAUCCCUCGAAAGCUCAGUCUUUGUACCAAUUUAUCAAGGAAUUUAUCAAUACAUAUGCUGCAGCUGCUACCAAAUCAACUUUGUAAAGUCGACUCGACUGGUGCCAUCUUCUCCAGUUUUAUUUAUUUAUUUCUCAUUAUUGAUAAAUAUUUUCAGUCCCUAAUCUAUCUAUCUCCUAUGUUUAGCUUUUUCUAAACUGAAUAAAAAUAAAUAAUAUCAUGUAAUUUUAGAGAAUAAGAUAAGAUUAGGGUUCAAACCUGCUUGCUAGCU